CACAGUCCUUACCCCAGACCACGCCCAUCACGCUGUUACCUCUACGAAGUACUACAGUAGCUUGUCAGGCCACUGGUAACUGGUUGGAAGGUGGCCUUCCCUUUCCCUGAGGGCUCGUAAUUGCAAGUACUUGUAUUUCGGCUACAGGUCUGUUCCAGUGGCAUGCUCGAUUAUGGCCCUGCCCAAACUGAAGGCCGCCGCAUGCCAUCUCGCGCCAGUCUUUCUCUCAGCUUACAAAACGACCGAAAAAACAAUUAGUUUCAUCCAUUAUGCCGCGGCUAAAUCGGCCAAAUUGGUCGUGUUUCCCGAGUCUUCGAUACCAGGAUUUCCUUACUGGUCGUCCAUACUUGCACCUUCCCAAGGCCACGACUUCUUUAAGCAGAUCGCUCGGCAGUCUGUGUACGUCGAUGGGGAGGAGAUCGGUGCCAUCCGUCGUGCAGCAUCCCGGCUGGGUGUUAUGGUCAGUCUAGGCAUCUCGGAAAAAGUACGAUAUAGCUCUGCGACCUUGUUCAAUUCAAACCUGAUUAUUGGAGACAAUGGCCAAAUCCUGGUGCAUCACCGUAAGCUGAUGCCGACGUUCUUUGAGAAAUUGACGUGGUCCCCCGGUGAUGGCUACGGCCUGCGAGUGGCGGACACCAAACACGGAAAAAUAGGGGCACUGAUAUGUGGCGAAAACACCAAUCCCCUAGCAAGAUAUGCUCUCAUGGCGCAAGGGGAGCAAGUGCACAUCUCGACAUGGCCCGCCAUCUGGCCUACCAGGUUACCCAAGAAGGGAGAGACCGGGCCCGCCGUCGGCAACUACGAUAACGUCAAAUCAAAUACCACCAGAGCUGCAGCUCACUGCUUCGAAGCAAAGUGCUUCGGGAUACAGUGUGCCGGGUUUCUCGACGAAGCAAAUAUAGAGGGUAUUGCUGCGAUGACAGAGGAUCCCCAGCAAACGAGGAAAAUCCUCUCAAGCUACCCACAAGCCUUGACUCAGUUUCUUGAUCCAGAUGGCCAAGUAAUAGAUUCGCAUGCUUUUACGUUGAUGGGUGCUCGACGUACCGCUGCUUGGCUGGACAAUGAAGAAGGAAUCCUACUUGCGACUCUAGAUCUGAACAAGUGCGUGGAAGGGAAGCAAUACCACGAUGUGGUAGGAGGAUAUCAGAGGCUAGAUGUGUUCAGCCUGCAAAUCAAUCGGAGGAGACUCCGGCCGGCCACCUUCAAAGAUCAAGAUCCCGAUCCUCCAAUUCCGGUGGAAAAGCAAAAGGAUCAAAAGGACCUCGGUCUGGAGGCCAGUCUUCAACGAGCGCUCAAGGUGCACGACUAACUGAGGUCCCUAGUCUUUCCCAUCCCGUGUAUCAAGGACCAUCUAAUGGCAAACACCAC